AUGAUACAAAUGUGGAGCGUCACCGGAGCACUGGGUGUGGCGGUGCCUACCGCCGCCGCUAGCCGUCCGAAACCGUUUCUCGUCUCCUCUUCUCUUCCCAAACAGACGAAGAAGCUCAAUCUCUCCCCGCCACUGCCUCUGGCUCCACCAUCACAUUUCUCCUCCACUUUUAGAACUGCUGCCACCACCUCCGUUCAACAACAAUCGGAUAAUAAGGGAGAGAGCACCAAGUACUACUUCCUGGUUGCGAAUGCCAAAUUCAUGCUUGACGAAGAGGAACACUUCCAGGAGCAAUUGUUUGAACGUCUUCGAUACUACGGAGAGCGUGACAAGGAGCAGGACUUCUGGCUUGUCAUCGAGCCCAAAUUCCUUGAUAAGUUCCCUAAAAUCACUCAAAGGCUCCGUCGUCCUGCCGUCGCUCUUGUUUCCACCAAUGGCCCAUGGAUCACGUUUAUGAAGUUAAGAUUGGAUCGA